AUGCCAUACAGCAGUAGUUGCAGUGGGAACACUGCACCAAGUAGUUAUGGUGGUGCUGUGCCUCAGUUGCAGCCAAGGACCUCAGUUGCUGCUAUGACCCAACAGCAACCACGACCACCACAGCAACAGCCCCCACCACCAACUGCCAGUAAUGAGGCUAUCUACUACAAUUAUAGUAAUGCCCAAGCAAACAAUGUAGCUCGGAUGUAUCAGAAUGCACAAGCCGUAAAUAACUUGCAUUACCAAAAUCAAUCUAACAAUCCUAAUAUUCGAAUCUACCAGUCAUCUUCAUCCUCACCUAGUGGCCAGGCAGUCCACUAUCAACGUGCCUCACCUAAUGACUCAAAUGUCAUUCAAUUUCAAAAUGCUACACCUCAGCAACCACAGCAACAGCCCCCAACCAAUAAUAUUACAAUCAGAUACCAAAAUCCAGCCGCAAAUAUUUCAGGUGUUCGUUACCAGACUCCAGUUUCCCAAACCAAUCCUAAUGUUCAUUAUGUCACUCAGCAACCCGCUAACUCUGCGGCAACCCUUCAGAUAGUUAACCAACUGCGUCAGCAACAAAGCAACAAACAAUUUAUUCAAGAACUUCGUAAUCCGUCUCUUUCUGCUCUUUUAUUGGGGAAAGCAAACCAAGUUCCCAAUCAGAACACAAACUUUGCUCAACCCAAUCAAAAUUACAGUAAUAAUCAACCCAAUGCUGCCAAUCUCAGCGUGCACACAUUGGCACAACAGAAGGCCAAGCAACCUCCUCCUCCGCCUCCACCACCACCAUACUCAACAAACAAUACCCAACGAGCUUACCCACCAGUCAGCCAACAAGGACUACAGUAUGGCAGCAAACGACCACUGUUGACUCAGCCAGAAAAAGAAAGCCAGUUUAUGAGUCAGCAACAAAUGAUGCCCACCUUAAACCAGUUGCUUCAGGCCAACCCUUUUGCUGCCCUCAAUGCAAAUAAGGCAGCUGUAAACCGUCAACAACAACAACAACAAGCACAGUUUGCACAACAUUCUGCUAAUACAUAUCGAAUCCACUCCAAUAUUACACAAGCACCCAAUGUUACUGUACAGAUGUACAAUCAAGGACAGAAUACAUACUCAAUGAACACAAAUCCUCCCAAAGUUCCGACCACAGCUAUGCCUCCACCAGCUAUGAAUCCUUUAGGAAAUUAUGCUGAAACACCUUCAAGUUUUUCCAUGUGGCACAAGCCAUCUCAAUGGAACACAACAUCAGAAACUUAUCCAGAAGCACAACAGCAGCAACAGCAACAGCAGCAGCAGCAGCAGCCACAACAAACAAAACCUCAGCCAACACAACAACAAAAUGAAAAUGAACAAAACCUGGGGGUGCUAUCAUCCCCACCAGCUGUAACAGACAAAGCAAUUGUUCCUACAACUGUUAUGUCUAACACGUUCCCAACAACUUUCCUAGAUGGAAGUGGCACUGGCACUGCCAAUGUAUCACUCCAACAACCUCGUCCUCAACCAACUUCUUCAUCCUCUUCCACUUUCAUGUCCAACAACAUGUCAAUACCACAUCAUUCCACCUCUUCUUCUUCCUCCACUACCACAUCAUCAUCGUCAACAACAACAUCAGCAGCAGCAGCACCCAUACAAACCGACAAAGAAGCUUCCCUAUCAGACAAAAUGAAUAUUGAUGAGGAUUUACAGCUACCUGCAAUUGAUGACCUCUCAAAUAUUGUCAGACAAAUCAUUGAUGAUUGUUGGGCUGAUAAUGACUUUGAUCAUCGUACAUUUGACUCUCCAGAAUUGAUCUUGGGGAUUAAUUCUGAUUCCAAAACUACUACUCAAACAUACAAUACAGACAAGGAUGGGAAAGCCACUAAUAAAUGCAUACAAUUGUCUCAAAACAAACAAACAAAUCGCAUCAAAGAUAUUCCUAAUGACAUGCAAGUUAUGAAGGACUUAGAGACUGCACCGACAGGGAAUACAGCCAGUCAUAAUCUCCGCAAAACAUCUACCCAGGAAUCAGAAAAGGAACCAGAAGAAGAAGAUUGCUGGCACAAGUUCCUACAAUCGGGAUUAUUUUCAAAACUCUUCAAGCCGAAGACUACUGAAUCAGCUGGUCUACAUCCAACGGGGAACGUGUCACCAACGACGGCCCAUUGUGGUUCGUUCCAGACAGCCAAUACCUUUCCUAAAUCGUGA